AGAGCCCGAACGACACCGCCUCCGUCACAAAUCCGAGGAGGGGGGCAGCUACCGAGACGGGACGAGAGCGCGCGCACAGAUGGAGCAGCGGGGUCAGCAGCCUGACGGCGCGGAGCAGGCUGGCAAGGACGGCGCCGGCGACCCUCCUCCCCCGCCGCCGCGAGCGAAGAGUAUUGACGGUUCCUGUGCUUGUCGGCAGUUCUUGGAGGUGACGUGCAGGAGCUCCGGCAAGGUCCGGCGGUUCGCGGCGGGGACGACCGCCCGCUACGCGCUGCACGCCAUCAACCGCAAGCUCGAGCCCGGGGCCCCGCCGGCGCUGCACGUCGAGGCCGUCAGGGACGGAGAGGAGCCAAUCAGCUUCGGCCCCGCCGCGCCCCUCGCCGACUACGGCCGCGGCUGGCGGCUGCAGACCGUAACCGCGCAGGACGUGCCCGGGAUCCAUGAGACGCCGCACCCUGACAUGAAACGGGGUGACGCCCAGACUGCCACGGAUUCACUCGACAGGGAGACCCUGAAGAGCACUUCCGUCUAUGUCGCCAAGAUCGCGCUCGCGUUCGUGUUCCUAUUCUUGCUCGGCGGAUUGUUCACGUACCUGCUCGAGAAGCUCCCCGACAUGAUCCAGUCUGCAUCGACUCCUGAAUCUUUGUAGAAUCUGCUGACCGAAAAUGCAUCACACAUGUAUCAGUGACAUCUUUUUUCCUUGAUAGUGUGCGAUCUUUGUACCGUACCCAAUUCCAAACUUUUUCAAUUCAGUUCGACAUCACACUUUCAUCAUUUAUGCUAGUUCAUAUCCUAGCGCAUUUGAGUUUCCGGAAAAUUAACAGAUUUGGCACAAGAACAGCUCGUUUUGUCCUC